UUAAAAAUAAGAUCGCAGCGCCGCGGUGGACAAAUUGUAAAGCUCUGCAAGAUAUGUAAACUUUGCUAAUCUUUGCUGUUUUGUAUAUAUAAAGUGUGUAUGUUUUGAAUUUUUUGAAGUAAUUAUAUACGAGUGGAUCACGAAAUAGCUUAUUUGAAGUAAAUUGAUACAAGCGCAACUUCUGCCGUUCCGCGUUAUGGAGAACAGAUUCUCGAUAUGUGACUAUCUACUGUAUAUAAAAGGGACAGAUAAUUCUAGAGUGGUGUAUGAAGGGGAACAUGUUCUUAAUGCAGGACACAUCAUACUGUGUGGAGUAACAAACAAGGAGGAAAAUCGUCUAACGUUGUAUGCACUUUGUUUACAAACGAGUGCCUUACAAAGUGCACCACAUAAAAUCGAAGGGACUUUAGUGCAUGAUGACGAAAAGUGGGUUGUAGAAAAGUUUGCAUGUUCUUGUAAAGCUGGGCAAAGUGGUCGAUGCAAGCAUAUUUCAGCAGUUUUGCUACAAUGUUCAAGGACUUCCCUCGAUAAACUUGAAGCAGUUUCGCAAACUGAUAUUAAAUGCACAUGGUCUGCUCAGAAAGGCAAAACACAAGAUAAAUAUAGAGCAAUUCCUGUUAAAGAAAUGCCGUGCAUAAAGCAAAGUGAUGGUAUGAAAUUGGACGAGGCAAUUUUAAUGGGCAUACACGAUAAUUUGGUGUCUAAAUUGCCAAAUUCAGCAUUGGCAUUACACAAGGCAGGACGACGUUGCACAAACCUUUCCACCUUUGAGAAUGAAGAAGUGUUUACUCCAUAUGAUGAGCAUGAUGUAGUCAUUUUAAAUCACGCAACGCAAUCAAUUUUAAUGAUGGAAUUGUAUCAUUUUCAUGUAAAUUUCAUAGGUUCUUGUUGUAAAGAAUUGUUCGAUAAACACUUAUUGAAAGAUAUUGACGAAAUAUUGCUUAAAACUAAACAGUCAAAAGAAUUUUGGAAUAUUGAAAGAAAAUUUAGGGUUACAGGUUCACGAAUUUAUGAACUAUAUACGUAUAAAUCAGAUGAUUGGCAAAAAAAAGCAAAUCGUUAUUUUAAUCCAAUAAGUUUCAUGAAUAAAUUUACUAAGCAUGGCAUUGAGCAAAAACCAGUUGCCCGACAGAUUUUUAUGGAUGCUACGGGCUUGAAAGUUGUAGAAUGUGGAUUGGUUGUUUCUCACUUUAAUUCCUGGCUUGGUUAUUCACCUGAUGGAAUAAUUGUUGACCAAGACGGUAAUCCAAAAGAAUUAAUCGAAAUUAAAUGCCCAUUUGCAGGUGCUACAGAGACCAUAGGAAGUGUGGUACCUAAAUUAAAAUACUUGCAACUUGAAGACAAUAUUUAUGAAUUAAAAAAAAAACACAAAUAUUUUGCACAAGUGCAACUUGGGAUGGCGAUGCUAAAUGUAUUUAAUUGCAAAUUUAUUAUUUAUUGUUCUUUUGAUAAAAGCAUGUUAAUUCUAGAUGUACCAUAUAAUUACGAUUUUUCAAAAACUUUAUUGUUUAAUGUUAAAGGAAAGUAUUUUAAAAAAAUGUUACAUGUAAUGUGUAAUACAUAAA